AUGGAAACAUACGAAGCGAUGGACGAAUGCUCACAAGCAGAAAUUCUAUGUACUCAGCCAGCAAUCGCUACACUGAUACUAAAGAAUUUAAAUAUUGAUAAUAUCGAAUCAUUUGAAUGGCUUCAGUCACCACCGAUUUCUAAUAUUCAAGAAGCUAAUCAACUACUGAUUUGGCUAAAUGCAGUUGAUUCACAAGGUACAUUAACUCCACUUGGCAGAAAUAUGGCUUCACUCGAUAUUGACCCAAAACUUGCAGUCAUGCUAUACAAAGGACAAGAACUUGAUUGUCUAUUAUAUACAUUGAUUCUAGCUGGUAUGCUAACCAUAUCACAGAAUAUUUGGUGGCUUAGUGAAGAUGAGGAAUCUAAAGGUAUGAUUUCACGAGCACGUGCCGAAUUUAGUCAUGAAAGUGGUGAUCAUCUUACAUUAAUUAAUAUAUAUUUGAAAUGGAGUGCAUUUUGUACUAAAAAUAAAAAUAAAAGAGAACAAUAUGAAUGGUGUAAAAGUAACUGUAUUAAUGAAAAAUCAUUACAAAGAGCUCAUGAAUUUAUUAAAGAAAAGGCUAAACAAAUGAACUAUGGAUUAGAACUUCUUGAUAGUGCAGGCUUAAAUGACAAUGUAAUUAAUCGUCUUUUACAAUGUAUGACAGCUGCUUAUUUUAUGAAUUUAGCUGUGUCGAAUGGAUCAGUGAGAUUUGGCUAUCGAAUUAUUUCUGCUUACUCACAAAUGGCUAAUGAAUUAAUAAGAGCACGUGCACUUCCUACAUCAACUUUAUCAUUAAAUGAUCAAAUCUCCAAGUAUAUUUUAUUCAAUGAAUUGUUAAGUGAUCGUGGAACUAAUUAUCUCACAGUGUUAUCUUCAAUUGAUCUUAAUUGGUUAAAAUCUGUUUCAGAAGAUUGGUACAAAGAUGUAAAUGCAGCUAAUUUACAUACAAUUUCUUAUGAAAGUUUUAUAUUCGAAAAUAUAGGAGAAGCAUUAUUGCGAGCAAUCGUCGGUAGACAUUCUUGCCGUUUAAAUAAACUUGAAGAUAUUACUCAAGCUAUUAUUGAUAUUGAUUAUAAACAAUCAAAAUUAACAGUUUGGUCACAACCAACUAAUUUAAGUAAAGUAAAACAAAUCGUUCAAGAAACAAUUGAAAAAGAAAAAGAAAAAUUAUUGUUGGAAGCUGAAGAAAUGCAAAUUGUCGGACGAACCCGUAUUUUAAUGGGUGCAGGUGGUAUUAGUGAAAUGGUAUUAUUCGCAGAUGAUUUUGUUAAAAUUAUCAUAACAAAGUUACCGACAACGAUAACAGAAGAAAGGGUUCGAACUUUAUGUGCACCAUUUGGAUUGAUUCGUAAAAUUGAUUUUAUUAAAUACACUGAAGAUGGUGCGAUUUUUGCCGUUACAUAUGCUGCACUCGAACAAGCACGUAUCGCUUUAAAUGAAUUGAAUGGCUAUGUUGAACAAGAUCAUAAAAUAGCUGUUAGUCGUUCAUGUGUGAAGAAUGCAGUUAAUGUAAGUAAACAUAACUGUCAUUUGAAAGCUAUAUGGUAUCUGACAUCAUCCACUGGCAAUGGAAGAAUUUUGUUUAAUAAAGAAAAAAGUGCUCAUGAUGCUUAUGAUCUAUUCAAACGUCUACAUUAUCGAUGUCGUUAUGAGCAUGUAACUAAUCUACCUACAGUAAAAGUUACUUAUUGCUUUGUUAGAAGUAAUGGAAAAGCUUUUAUAAACUUCCAAUCACGUUUGGAUGCAUGCAACGCUCGUUGCCGAAUACAUUUUCUAGAAACGGCUAAAAUUGUAGGAAAUAGACGGAAUCAUGAAGCAUCACUACUAUUAGAAGGCUUUUCAAAAGAUGACGAUGAAGAAGAUAUAUACAGUCGUUUUCAAGAUUGCAAAGGUUUUAUUGGAGUACAUAUUUUACGUGGAAUAAAAGGACAAGUAUUUCAAAGACCUGAUUCAGCAGAAGCUAGAAUUAAAGCAAUAUUUAGUCAUUAUAAAUCAUUUCAACAAGAUACAAUAUUAUUUAAUCCAAAAGUUUCGAAUGGUAGAGUAGAAGCCAUUGUUCAAUUUUCCGAUAGAAGAGAAUUACAAGAAGCAGUUAAAGAAAUCAAUGGAAAAACAGGAAUCAUCGGUCAUGGUAGAGUAAGAUUAUCGGAACAAUUUCAUAAGCAAAAAGAAGAAGUUUCGGCGAAUAAAGAAGACGAAUAUGUCCUUCAUUUUGAACGUGUUGAUCGAUCAUUUGAUAAAUAUGAUAUGAUUAAAAUUCUAAAAGACAAUCAAUUGUAUGAUGACGUAAAACAUGUGGUAGUCUACCGUCAAAAAUUGAAAGAGAAAAAUUUGAUAACGACAGGAAUAAACACUGGUGAAUCUGAUAUAGAAGCUGCCUUAGAAAAUCUUCGCUCUAUGUUUCAUAGUAAACUAGAUUUAUUUCGAUCAAUACCUGAGUAUCAGCCACCAUUUUGCGCACCUGAUGGAACUGUUACAACAUUGAUCAUUUUCAAUGAUGCUGUUGAUAUUACAACAGCUAUACAAAAUUAUGAUAAUCAAGUAAUUCAACUACUUAAAAGUUCAAGUAAAUUACGUCUUAUUCUAUCAAUUGUACAUCAAAUAUUUAUAAACGCAGCUUUGACAAAAGUUAUUCCUAAUAAGAUUCAAGAAGCUAUUCAAUAUACUCGUGAGAAAUAUAAGAGAAUUCGCAUCAAAGUUAUAUCUCUAGGAACAGAAGAAAAAACAGCUCCAAUGAAAAUACGUAUUGAAGGUGACGAUGUACAACAGAUUACAAUGGCUAAAAUUGUAUUUGACACAUUGAUGAAAGGAAUGGAAUAUAGAUAUAAAGAAGAUCCAGGGAAAGUAAGUUUUGCGAAUACAGUUAUUUCUAGUUAA